AUGUACAAACAUCUGAGAGUACAAAUCGGUAAAUUCAUAGAAGAUGGUCUGCAAUUCACAGAAAAUGGUCUGCAAUUCACAGAAGAUGUACAAACAUCUGAUGGUCUGCAAUUCACAAAAGAUGGUCUGCAAUUCACAGAAGAUGUAAAAACAUCUGAUGGUCUGCAAUUCACAGAAGAUGGUCUGCAAUUCACAGAAGAUGUACAAACAUCUGAUGGUCUGCAAUUCACAGAAGAUGGUCUGCAAUUCACAGAAGAUGUACAAACAUCUGAUGGUCUGCAAUUCACAGAAGAUGGUCUGCAAUUCACAGAAGAUGUACAAACAUCUGAUGGUCUGCAAUUCACAGAAGAUGGUCUGCAAUUCACAGAAGAUGUACAAACAUCUGAUGGUCUGCAAUUCACAGAAGAUGUCUGCAAUUCACAGAUGAUGUACAAACAUCCAAAGGUUUACAGGUGA